UAUGAUUAAAUGAAAAUGAUAUUCAUUAUUAUGAUUAUUUAAUUGUUCUCAAACUCAGUUGAUAACCUGUCAUUUACAAUGGAUAUAGAAGAAUUACACGAUGCUGAUACUAGACAGUUAAAAGCCCAAAUUUCACGUGACUGGAAAAAAUUAAAACAAAUUCAGACCGAAUUACAAAAUCUCCAUCCAGUUCAAAUAUUGUCAGCAGAUGCUGGGGACCAAACGUUUGAAACUGGUGCUAUUGGUGGCCCUAGUAAUCCUGGCACAUUACAUCAGUUGAUGCAGGAGCACGAGAAAAGACUUAAAGCUGAGCUGCAGGUUAUCAGUGAAUGUGAUUUAAAGACAUUGCCAGAAAGCAGAGAAAUUCAACUUCUUGUUCUUCAGCAAGAGCAAAUACAACACAUAGAACAGCUUGAAGAAACUCUGACAUUUUUACGAGCAAAAAGAACUGAAGUUGUCACUGAAUUAAAACAAGAAGAAGAAAGUCAUUCACUUUUGCAGAGUGUGAAUGAAGUUUUAAAGAAAAAAGUGUCUGCUGUUAACCUAGACGCUGUUGAUGAAAAUGAUGUUGCUCACAAAGUAGUGAUUGAUGAGAUGGAAGCAAAAUACAAAAACAUUGAUGAUGCUCAAAGGAAGUUCAAAACUAUGUUAAAAGAAUUUCUUAACAAGCAUUUUAAAGCCCCAACAAAUGUUAAAGAAAAUGUCAAGCAAAAAAAAUCUGACAAUGCUCUGAAUGAUUCUAGAAGUGUUGAUAUAGAAAAUGUUUUACCUCUUUACUCAAUAGUUGGUAUGUUGAUAGAACAAUCUAUCAACAGUCCAGCCCAGCCAUACAUUGAUUUGGAUAAUAGAUUUUGGCCAGAACAUGUGGAGUUUCUUCUGAGGUGUCAGAUAGCAAUCAAAGAUCCUCAGAAUUCAAACAGAAUGAAAUUGGUUCCAUUUCAUUUAUGAUGUCUAUUAUUAGCAUUUAUAUUGUUUUAAAAUUGUGGAAUUUAUAAUGAUUCUACAUGUAAACUAAAAUAUGACAACUUUUAGACACGGAAAAUUUACUUUUUGGAAAGUGGUCUCCAAAGUAAUGUCUAUAUAAUGGUUGUUGUAUCUUACAAUCGUGUUCAUAAUUAUAGGCAAAGGCUUAAAAUUUGUAUGCUAAUUUUUAACACUGAUUUUUUAGUAUGAUAACAAGAAAUUAUGUGUUUUUAACAAAAACAUAGAUAUUAUACCAAUCCCUUUGUUUAUGCAUAGGCAACUUUGGAGUUGCAUACAGUUUUACUAUUUAUUGUUUUAUUUGUUUCUUUUUACAUGUUCAUAUUAUUUUUAAAAACAUGAAAACUUGUAAAAAAAAAAGUAAAAAUUGAAUACAAAUAUUCUUUACUCAUCACACCAAGUAACUUGCUUUGUUUGUUUAUAAUUGAUGAA